ACGGAGAUCUCGCCGUGUUACGCAACCUGUCCCCUGAUCUCGUGAGAGGGAGUCCUUGGAAGCUCCACGUAGCCACCUACGUCCAAGCUCCGCUGAUUGUUGUCCGUGGUCGAGGUUUUAUUAAAGAGACGCCUCUUGGCAUCGUGAAAACAUGCCUCUCCGAUUGGAUAUCAAACGAAAGCUGUCGGCCCGCUCAGACCGUGUAAAGAGCGUGGAUCUGCAUCCCACGGAGCCGUGGAUGGUUGCCAGCCUGUACAAUGGCAGCGUCUGCGUCUGGAACCACGAGACACAGACCAUCGUUAAGACUUUUGAAGUAUGUGACCUUCCUGUGAGAACCUCCAAGUUUGUGGCCAGGAAGCACUGGGUCAUUGCAGGAGCAGAUGACAUGCAGAUCCGCGUGUUCAACUACAACACCCUGGAGCGGGUGCACGUGUUUGAGGCCCAUUCUGACUACAUCCGCUGCAUCGCCGUGCACCCCACACAGCCCUACAUCCUCACCAGCAGCGAUGACAUGCUGAUCAAACUCUGGGAUUGGGAGAAGAAGUGGUCCUGCAGCCAAGUCUUUGAGGGACACUCGCACUACGUCAUGCAGAUGGUCAUUAACCCCAAGGACAACAACCAGUUUGCCAGUGCCUCCCUCGACAGGACCAUCAAGGUGUGGCAGUUGGGUUCUUCGUCCCCGAACUUCACCCUGGAGGGCCAUGAGAAGGGGGUCAACUGCAUCGACUACUACAGCGGCGGCGACAAGCCCUACCUCAUCUCAGGGGCCGACGAUCGGAUGGUCAAGAUCUGGGAUUACCAGAAUAAAACGUGUGUGCAGACGCUGGAGGGUCAUGCCCAGAACGUGUCGUGUGUCAGCUUCCACCCAGAGCUGCCCAUCAUCCUCACCGGAUCAGAGGACGGGACCGUGCGUAUCUGGCAUGCCAGCACGUACCGCCUGGAGAGCACGCUGAACUACGGCAUGGAGAGGGUGUGGUGCGUCUGCAGUCUGCGCAGCUCCAACAGUGUGGCGCUGGGCUAUGACGAGGGCAGCAUCAUCAUCAAGCUCGGACGGGAGGAGCCCGCCAUGUCCAUGGACAGCAACGGGAAGAUCAUCUGGGCGCGGCACUCCGAGGUGCAGCAGGCCAACCUGAAGGCCAUGGGCGACGCCGAGAUGAAGGACGGAGAGCGGCUGCCCCUGGCGGUCAAAGACAUGGGCAGCUGUGAGAUCUACCCCCAGACCAUCCAGCACAAUCCCAAUGGCAGGUUUGUUGUGGUGUGUGGAGACGGAGAGUACAUCAUCUACACCGCCAUGGCGCUGAGGAACAAGAGCUUUGGAUCGGCGCAGGAGUUUGUCUGGGCCCACGACUCCUCUGAAUACGCCACUCGGGAAAGCAGCAACAUGGUAAAACUCUUCAAGAACUUUAAGGAGAAGAAGUCCUUCAGACCAGACUUUGGCGCAGAAGGUGUGUAUGGCGGGUACCUGCUGGGAGUCAGGUCGUCUAACGGGCUGGCGUUUUACGACUGGGAGAACACGCAGCUGGUGCGACGCAUCGAAAUCCAGCCCAAACAUAUCUUCUGGUCCGACUCAGGCGAGCUGGUGUGCAUUGCCACGGACGAGUCCUUCUUCGUCCUCAAGUACCUGUCGGAGAAGGUGGCGGCCGCCCAGGAGAGCAACGAGGGCGUGACGGAGGAUGGCAUCGAGGACGCGUUCGAAGUGCUGGGUGAGAUUCAGGAGAUCGUGAAGACUGGCCUCUGGGUGGGAGACUGCUUCAUCUACACCAGCUCGGUUAACAGACUGAACUACUUUGUGGGCGGAGAAAUCGUUACCAUCGCUCACCUGGACAGGACAAUGUACCUGCUGGGCUACAUCCCCAAGGACGACCGCCUCUACCUGGGCGACAAGGAGCUGAACAUCGUGAGCUACUCCCUGCUGGUGUCCGUGCUGGAGUACCAGACCGCUGUCAUGCGCAGGGACUUCGGCAUGGCUGACAAGGUGCUGCCCACCAUCCCAAAGGAGCAGAGGACACGAGUAGCACACUUCCUGGAGAAACAGGGCUUCAAGCAGCAAGCGCUGGCCGUGUCCACUGACCCAGAGCACCGGUUCGAGCUGGCGCUGCAGCUGGGGGAGCUCAAGACCGCCUACCAGCUCGCCACGGAGUCAGAGUCCGAGCACAAGUGGAAGCAGCUGGCAGAGCUGGCCACCGCCAAGUGCCAGUUCCGGCUGGCGCAGGAGUGCCUGCACCACGCCCAGGACUACGGCGGGCUGCUGCUCCUGGCCACCGCGUCGGGCAACGCCAGCAUGGUGCGCAAGCUGUCCGAGUGCGCGGAGCGGGACGGCAAGAACAACGUGGCGUUCCUCACCUACUUCCUGCAGGGAAGACUGAACAACUGUCUGGAGCUCCUGAUCCGGACCAAUCGCCUGCCAGAAGCUGCUUUUCUGGCUCGCACCUACCUGCCAAGCCAGGUAUCCAGGGUGGUGAAGUUGUGGAGAGAGAGUCUAUCCAAGGUGAACCAGAAGGCUGCUGAAUCCUUGGCAGACCCGUCUGAAUAUGAGAACUUAUUCCCUGGGCUGAAAGAGGCCUAUGUGGCUGAGCAGUACCUCAGAGAAACCGCCAAGACCCAGGCCGCCACGGACUAUCCUCUUGUCAGCCCAAACGAGGAGCGGGCUGUCUUGGAGGAGUCGAGAGGCUACGAGCCUAAAGGAAUCCCAAUAGCGACCGAAGAGGCUCCUGAGACGGGAGAGGGGGCCACUGCAGUAAUGGCGGCAGUAGCAGCAGCUGAGGGCCCCGUUGUGACGGAAGUGGACGUCCCCCCUGUUGUCCUAGAAGCUGAAGCCUCUGUUGUCACUGAAGCCGGGGCCCCUCUCGUUAACGAAGCAGAAGUGCCUGUUGCCUCAGAAGCCGAAGCCCCUAUUGUAGUAGAAGCUGUUACCCCUGUUUUGACGGAAGCAGAAGGCUCUUUUCUCGCAGAGGAGGCAGUCACUGAAGCAGAAUCUCCUGUUGUUGUGGAAGCAGAAGCUCCUGUUGCUGUGGAAGUGGACGCCCCUGUCGUUAGGGAAGAGGAUACCCCUGUUGUCACGGAAGCAGAAGCUUCUGUUGCUACAGAAGAGGAUACCCCUGUUGUUGUGGAAGCAGAAGCUCCUGUUCUCACAGAAGUGGAAGCUCUUGUUGCUACAGAAGUGGAUGCUCCUGUUGUCACGGAAGCAGAAGUGGAUGCUCCUGUUGUCACGGAAGCAGAAGUGGAUGCUCCUGUUGUCAUGGAAGCAGAAGCUCUAGUUGCUACAGAAGAGGAUACCCCUGUUGUUACAGAAGCAGAAGCGCCAGUUGCUACAGAAGUGGUUUCUCCUGUUGUCAUGGAAGAGGAGGUUCCUGUUAUCACAGAAGAGGAGGUUCCUGUUAUCACAGAAGCAGAAACCCCUCUCAUGGAAGUCAUGGAAGAGGAUACCCCUGUUGUCGUGGCAGCAGAAAGCCCUGAAUCUUCUGCUGUCACUGAGGUGGAGGUGCCCGUGAUUUCGGAAGUGCAAUCCCCAAACUUGCCUGAGGAGGAAGAAUCCAUUCCUGUAGAAGCGCAGACCCUUGUCGUUGAAGAAGCUCCCAAAAAUGUGGAAGAGGGUGCACUGUUCCCUGUAGAAGUGGAAUCUCCCAAUAUCCCAGAAAUGGAGGCGCCCUUAAUCCCAGAAAUGGAAACCCCCUUAAUCCAGGAAAUGGAGGCCCCCUUAAUCCAGGAAAUGGAGGCCCCCUUAAUCCUGGAAAUGGGGGCCCCAUUAAUCCAGGAAGUGGAAGCCCCCAUAAUCCAGGAAGUGGAAGCCCCCUUAAUCCAGGAAGUGGAAGAUCCCAUAAUCCCGGAAGUGGACGAUUCUCUUUCAGUGGACGACCUCGUCACCACAGAGCCGGAAGCCUCCAUAGACACACUGAUGGACGCUCCCAUCCCAGCGUUGGUUCCACUGGAACCGGCCCUUGUUCUGCCAGAGACGGCAGCUUUCCAGCUUUCGCCCACGGCCGUGCAGGAGAGUCCGGUGGGCACAAUCCCGGCACCAGCAGCCGAGGGGUCUGCGGCCCAACUCAAAGAUGAGGCCCUCUUUGACCUGGACGACGAGUUGGAUGAGUUUGAUCUGGAGGACAUUGACACAUCAGAUGUGAAUCUGGAUGACGACUUCUUGGACAUCUAAUUCAACAUCAGACAAACUUUCUUUUUUACAAAAAAAUGUUUCUUUUGUAAUUUUCACAUGGGAAUUGAGUUAAAGGGACAGAUGGGCGUAGUUGGUAGAAUAACAUGGCGAAGCACUGCCAAUACCUCAUGAGUAAAUGUUAAGUGGAGAUGAAUGUUUGUACUGGAACCCUGGGACCUCAAGCCGUGAUGUCCAUCAGAAUGCAUCUCUUCAUGCAGGACGUCAUGGAACACUUGUACCUCUGAAUAAACUUUUACACCUCUCUUAA